AUGAGUCUAUCUGCGGCUGGAGAGACUGAAACCAGGGCCUACAGACCGAGGCCCCAAAGAUCCAGGUCCCCAAAGACCCAGGUCCCCAAAGUCCCAGGCCCUAAAGACCCAGCUGGUUGGUAUUCUGGUUGGUAUUCUGGUUGGUAUUCCUCCCGCCUCUGGCCUGCUGUGGAGCUGAGGCCUCCUCCAGGUCAGAGCGGGGGUAAGGGGGGUUUGCCAGAAGCGUUGCCCCCAGCAGACUGCGCCCUCACUGGGCACGGCUCUCUGAUCUGCCCCCUCCUCCUCCACAGGCUCCAGACAACACGCUCUGCUCCUUUAUCCACUUCUUCAUCCGGUUUGUCUUUAAAUGUGCCCAUAUUUCAGAUGGUUCUGUUCCUGGUGCAGACCAGUGUCCUACAGGGCUCUAAACCUGGUCUGUGA